GUCGUGGAAUUCUUGCUUGCUAGUGGAAGGAUGGAUUCCGACGUCGAAGACGCACGUGGUCUUACACCUCUGGCUUGGGCUUCACGGACGAAUCAAUCAGUCAGAAUUGCGGAGAUGUUACUCAGCACCGGCAAAGUCGAUGCGAAUUGUAGUGAAAAGCUUGGUGUAAUACUAUUCAUGUGGUCUACAACCUCUCAAAGCGAUAAGGUGAAGGAACUAUUGCUCAACAGUGGUAAACUUGACGAAGAU